AUGGCGGGGUAUGAGGAUUGGUCUCAACAGCAACUGAUUGCAAGGAUACAAGAGUUGGAAAAGCAGAUAGGAGCACCUGCUUCAGACACGCCUCAUUCCAGCGCCACCCCGGCACCCGCUGUACCUGUGGCCGAGCAGACAUCCUCGUCCACUGGUUUUCCAGAGCCAUUGGAAAUCCGCAAGGCCGCCAAGCCGCCACCAAAAGCUUUUGAUGCUUCCAGGUACAGCACGCGGUUGAUAGCGCUAAAGUUUGCAUACCUUGGCCAAAAGUACAAUGGCUUCGAGCACCACAAGAACAACUCAACACCAUUGCCAACAAUAGAGGAAGAGCUGUGGAAGGCAUUGGUAAAGACACGAUUGAUAACCCCGGUGCCCACACGAGGAGAGGGCAGGGCAUAUGAGAGGAUUGAUAAAAAGACAUAUGCAGCGUGGGACAGGGAGGGAGCAGAUGUGAAUUGGGAUGGCUGCGAAUACUCAAAAUGCGGAAGAACAGACAGAGGCGUCAGUGCUUUCGGACAAGUCAUCGGCAUUAGGGUGAGAAGCAAUAGACCUUUGCCAAAGACUGCUGAGCCACCGCAAGAAACUUCGGUAACAACCGAAGAAGACGAUGACUACCUAAUAUCUUCUUCUAAACUAGACCCGGAACCUACAUCUAGGCCUUUCAACGACCUCACAGACGAACUCGCUUAUAUCCAACUGUUAAACCGCGUCCUCCCACCCGACAUCCGUGUCUACGCAUGGUGCCCGAACCCACCACCAGGCUUCAACGCCCGCUUCUCCUGCAAAGAGCGGCGAUACAAGUACUUCUUUACCAAUCCCAGCUUUGCCCCCGUACCCGGAUCUUCAGGUCUCUACAGCACCAGCAGUCCCACAACAGAAGAAAACAAAGCCAAAAUGCGCGAAGGCUGGCUCGACAUUGACGCCAUGAGACAAGGCUGCAAAUCUCUCAUCAGCCUGCAUGACUUCCGCAACUUCUGCAAAAUCGACGCUAGCAAGCAAAUCUCAAACUUCCAGCGGCGCAUCUACCACGCCGACAUUGAAGAAGUGUCUUCACUGUCCGUGCCAGGAUUCCUUUCACACCCUGCUCUGCAAGUCUCAGGCGCAGAACAGCCUAAACUCUACUCUUUUACUCUCCACGGCUCAGCCUUCCUAUGGCACCAAGUCCGCUCCCUCGUCGCCAUCCUCUUCCUCAUCGGCCAAGGUCUCGAGUCUCCCUCGCUCGUCCCCCACCUCCUCGACACGUCGGCGAACCCCACCCGCCCAAAAUACGAAAUGGCAACCGACGCGCCCCUCGUCCUCUGGGACUGCAUCUUCCCGCACCCAGAAGAAGUGCAGACCUCCGAGGAGCGUGAGCACGGCUACCAAGAUAGCCUUAACUGGAUCUACGUCGGCGACGAAGGCGGCUCGGAGCCAAAAGCAAAAGGCCCCGCGAAAAAAGGCGGUCCGGCUACCAUUGGCAACGGGAAAUGGGGUCGAGGCGGCGUCAUAGACGAUGUGUGGGAGGUAUGGCACGCCAAGAAGAUCGAAGAGACGCUUUCGGGGCUUCUAAUGGAUAAAGUUGCCGCCUUGGGCUCCGACACGCUGGACGCAGAGGUGCCCGUCGCAGAGCAGACAGUCAGCAUGGCAAAGGGCGGGCCGCGGAUAUUCGAUGGCGGCGAUUUUGGCAGGGCGAAAGGCGUUUACACGCCGGUGUUGAACAGGGAGAGGCAGGAGCCUGUUGAGGUGGUGAAUGAGAAAUAUAGAAUCCGGAAGGGCAUUGAUGCUGACAGGUUCAAAGGGAGAGAGGAGGAUGCCGAUGAGUAGGUCGCUGUGGCAUGUGUGUAUGUAUGUGUAUAGUACAUGUGGCGGAUUG